AUGGAUUCUGCGAAGCAGGCCGUCGAGGCCGUCACCGAGGGUGUCAAAAAGGUCGCCCUCAACAAAGAAAAAGCCCCAAAGAAGGAGAAGAAGGUCAAGGAUGCCGGCGAUGCCUCGGCGGGACCCCUCGAGCUCAAUCCUCCUCCCGAUUUCCUCCAGAAGAGACUCGACCUUUUCGACAAGUUGAAGAAGGAAUAUGACGAAGAGCUCGCCAGCAGGCCACGCGAGGCCAUCACCAUCACCAUGCCCGACGGCUCUGUGCGUCAAGGCACCAGCUACGAGACGACCCCUGGCGAAAUUGCGAAGAGCAUCUCUAACAGCCUGUACAAACGCACCGUUGUCGCAAGACUUGACGGCGACCAGAACCAGCUGUGGGACUUGGAUCGACCACUGGAAAAGAGCUGCAAGUUGGAGCUGGUGAAUUUUGACGACGAGCAGGGCAAGCAGGUCUUCUGGCACAGCUCUGCACACAUUCUCGGCGAAGCUUGCGAGAGAAGAUUUGGAUGCUCUCUUUGCAUCGGUCCUCCGGUCGAUAACGGUUUUUACUACGAGAUGGCGCUUCCCGGUGGCGCUUCAGUUCAGGCCAGCGACUGGAAGCCUCUCGAGUCUAUUGUUGGAUCGAUCGUGAAGGAGAAGCAGAAAUUCGAGCGUCUCGAGUUGACCAAGGAGCAGCUGCUGGAAAUGUUCAGCUACAACAAGUAUAAGCAGCACAUCAUCAACGACAAAAUCCCCGAUGGUACCAAGACCACCGUCUACCGUAACGGUCCUUUGAUCGAUCUCUGCCGUGGGCCCCACGUUCCCAGCACCGACCGUAUCGAGGCUUUCAGCAUCAUGAAGAACAGUGCCUCCUACUUCCUCGGUAACCAGGAAAAUGACUCACUGCAGCGAGUUUAUGGCGUCAGUUUUCCUAGCAAAAAGGAGCUGGCUGCGCACAAGAAGUGGCUUGAGGAAGCAGCUGCCAGGGAUCACCGCAAGUUGGGCCAGGACCAGCAACUCUUCUUCUUUCACGAGCUCUCCCCCGGUAGUGCCAUGUGGCUGCCCCACGGUGCGCGUAUCUACAACACCCUUCUGGCUUACAUUAAGGAGCAAUAUUUCAAGCGCGAUUACCACGAAGUUAUCUCCCCCAACAUGUACAAUGCUGAACUAUGGAAGAUCAGCGGCCACUGGGAUCACUACAAGGAUGACAUGUUCGUCCUCGAUGUCGACAAGGAAAAGUUCGGCCUGAAGCCCAUGAACUGCCCUGGUCACUGCCUCAUGUUUGCUCACACCCCCAAGGCGUACCACCAGCUGCCGUGGCGUGUUGCAGACUUUGGUGUCCUCCACCGCAACGAGGCCAGCGGUGCCUUGUCCGGCCUCACCCGCGUGCGCAGAUUCCAGCAGGACGACGCGCAUAUUUUCUGCAGAGAAGAUCAAAUUAAGUCUGAGAUUAGCGGAUUGUUUGACUUCCUCCGCGAGAUGUAUGGCCUGCUUGGUUUCACCUUCAAGCUCCGUCUCUCCACUCGUCCAGAGAAGUAUCUGGGAGAGCUUGAGACAUGGAACAGGGCGGAGGAUAUGCUGAAGCAAGCGCUGGACGAGUUCGCCACCACAGAUGGCGGCGUGCCGUGGACUCUGAACGAGGGAGAUGGCGCCUUCUACGGUCCCAAGAUUGACAUCAAGAUCAUGGACGUCUUGAACCGCGAGUGGCAGUGUGCCACCAUUCAGCUGGACUUCCAGCUUCCUCAGAGCUUUGGUCUCGAGUACGUAUCAGCAGAAGUUAACACCAAGCCCAAAGAAGAGGACGCUCCUGCUGCUCCCAAGGUCCCCGAGUUCAAGGCCAAGGACCCUCAAGCCAUCAUUGACUCGGCUGCCGGCACAGGCGAAGAGAAGGAAAGGAAACGCGUCAUCAAGCCUUUGACAAACGGCUGCCAGCGCCCCGUUAUCAUCCACCGUGCCAUGGCUGGUUCCAUCGAGAGAUUCACAGGUAUCCUGAUCGAGCACUUCGCCGGGAAGUGGCCCUUCUGGCUCAGCCCUAGGCAAAUCAUGGUCAUCCCAGUGGGCAAAGGCUUCGUCGAGUACGCCGAGGAGGUCCAAGCUACCUUCAAGAAGCAGGGCAUGUGGGUUGAUGUUGACCUGACCGGCAAUACUCUGCCUAAGAAGAUUCGCAGCGCUCAGUUGAGCCAAUACAACUUCAUCUUCGUUGUGGGCGAUGAGGAAAUGAAGAACAAGCAGGUCAACAUCCGCUACCGUGACGACACUUCGAGCCAGGACCGUGGCAAGCCUGUUGACGUCUCCGAGGCUGUUGAAAAGAUCAAGAAGUUGCGCGAGGAGCGCGGCACCUACAACCCAUUUCCCUCCGUGGUAAAACCUAAGGAGGACAAGGCAUAA